AUGAGCUCCCAAAUUCGUCAGAAUUAUUCCACUGAGGUGGAGGCUGCCGUCAACCACCUGGCCAACCUGCAUCUGCUGGCCUCCCACACCUACCUCUCUCUGGGCCUUUAUUCUGACCUCCACGAUGUGGCUCUCGAGGGCAUGGGCUCCCGUGAGUUGGUGGAGGAGUGCCAGGGCGCUGAGCAUCUCUUAAAGUUGCAAAACCAGCGCAGUGGCCGCAUUCUCUUCCAGGACGUGCUGAAGCCUUCCCAAGAUGAGUGGGGAAACUCAGGACGCCGUGGAAGCUACCAUGCCUUGGAGAGGAAUCUGAACCAGACCAUUAUGGAGCUGCAUGGACUGGGUUUUAUCCGCACAGACCCUCAUCUCUGCGAGUUCCUGGAGAACCACUUCCUGGAUGAGGAGAUGAAACUCAUCAAGAAGAUGGGCUCUACCUGA